UGGGCUGGGCCCGCGAGUAGCUCUGCAGCCGACGCAGCCCGGCUCAGCCUCAAGCAGACGUCUGAUUCCUGCUCCCGAGGGCUCGGUGCUCCUGGAUCGCAUGGAGUCUCAUUAGUCGUGCACAGCCCAGAAGUGGACAAGGAUUCAAAUCCAGAGCCAUGGGGGUGCUGAUGUCCAAGCGGCAGACGGUGGAGCAGGUGCAGAAGGUCAGCCUGGCGGUGUCGGCCUUCAAGGACGGCCUCCGAGAGCGGCCCGCCGCGGCCAAGCGGAAGACGGAGGGCACCAGCAGCCGGCGGGGGACCCUGGAGGACACCGUGCAAGAGGAGCUGCCGGCUGGCGAGGGGGCGUCGGCAGGGCCCUCGCGACAGCAGCAGGCGGUGCGCCGGGCCGGCCGGGCUGCCUGGGAGCGGCUGCGCGAUGGCCGCGGGGUGGAGCCCGACGAGUUCGACCGCACCCGGCCCUUCGCCCCACCGGCCUUCACCCGCCCCCCGCGCCGCCAGCACGACGCUGACGCCGAUGAGCCCGUCGAGAUCAGCCUGGAGCCGCGGGAGCAGGUGAGCAACGACGAGAUGUGCGAGGUGUGUGAGGUGUGGACAGCGGAGAGCCUCCUGCCCUGCCGGGUCUGCACCAGGGUCUACCACGACGGCUGCCUGCGCCGCAUGGGGUUUCUGCCCCACGACGACGACGCCUCCGAGGUCAUUGAGGCAGCCCAUGCGGAGGCCGGCUGGAGCUGCUACUGCUGUGACAACCUCAACCUGCUACUCACAGAAGAGGAGAUGAGCAGCCUGUCCGAAGCCUUCCGUCGGUGCAAGGUCACCCCUGAGAGCGGACUGAGCCUGGAUGACUUCUUGUGCUACAAACGCCUGGUGAGGCAGCAGGAGGGCGACCAGCCCGGCGGGGAGGACCACGAAGAACACGACGCCCUGCAGUUUGCGGCGCUGGACCCUGAGAAGAAGGGCCACGUUGAGUGGGCCGAUUUCCUCUCCCACGAGUCCGUCUCGCUGCUGCAGAGGACACGCACACAGAAUGCCCUGCUGCACCUGCUGACAGGCAAGGAGAGGGAGAGAGCGCGAGCCACGUUCCUGGCCCUGGAUCAGCACCAGGAUGGGCUCAUCAGCGAGGUGGAGAGCCGGCGCACCCAACACACGUGGUUCCGUAAGCGGCACAAGGAGACGCCGUCCUGCAAUGUCAGCAUCAGCCACGUGGGGCCCAUCUCGGAAAGCAGCCCAGCGAGUAGCACCAGCAGCAAAAGCCCGGACAAGAUGUUGUUGAACCCAGAGCCGGAGGAGCCCAGCCGGACCAUCAACUGGCCAACCUUCUUGAGAGAAAGUGCCAUCUACAUCCUUGCUGCGCGGCCCAACAGCCCUGCUGUCCACCUCAAGCCAUGGGCCUGAGACGGUCGCUUGGCCACGGGGCCGAAGGCAAACAGACUUGCCUCAUUGACAAGGGAGAGAGGGAGGAGAGGCAGCUUCUCCACAAGCCCACCUUGCCCACCUGGAUUUAUACGAGAAGAACUUUGUGGCCGGAGAGCCGCGGGGAGCACUGCCCACCCCCCGUUGCCAGAGCACUGCCAGGAGUGGUGAAGGAGAGAAACGCG